GACAUGUGAGCAGCGCGCCUGGGCAGGUGGAAAGGCGAGCGGCAUGGAGCGCGUAAUAAGAGAGUUGGAGUCGGAAAGAGCCGCCCCAGUCGCCGGGGAAGCGGGCGGUCAGUUCGGGCUCCGGCGGCCCCCAGGCUCCGAGCGCCCGCCCCCGGCCCCGGCGAGGCCACUGCCUGGACCCUAGCCCCCGCCGCCUGCGUCCUCCCCGGGCCGCCCCGCCGGCCUCGGGUCCGAGCCAUGUGCCGCUGAGCGCCCCGCGCGCGCCCCCGCCCUGGACUGUCCCCGGGCCCCGGCCCCCCGUCAGGCGCCGCCCAUGGCCGAGGCCCCCCCGCGCCGCCUCGGCCUGGCCCCCCCGCCCGGGGACGCCCCCCGCGCCGAGCUGGUGGCUCUCACGGCGGUGCAGAGCGAGCAGGGCGAGGCGGGCGGGGGCGGCUCCCCGCGCCGCCUGGGCCUCCUAGGCAGCCCCCUGCCUCCGGGUGCGCCCCUCCCGGGGCCCGGCUCCGGCUCCGGCUCCGCCUGCGGCCAGCGCUCCUCGGCCGCUCAGAAGCGCUACCGCCGCCUGCAGAACUGGGUCUACAACGUGCUGGAACGACCCCGCGGCUGGGCCUUCAUCUACCAUGUCUUCAUAUUUUUGCUGGUGUUCACCUGCCUGGUGUUGUCCGUGCUGUCCACUAUCCAGGAGCACCAGGAACUUGCCAAUGAGUGUCUCCUCAUCUUGGAAUUUGUGAUGAUCGUGGUGUUUGGCCUGGAGUACAUCAUCCGUGUCUGGUCCGCUGGAUGCUGCUGCCGCUACCGAGGAUGGCAGGGCCGCUUCCGCUUUGCCAGAAAACCCUUCUGUGUCAUCGACUUCAUCGUGUUCGUGGCCUCGGUGGCCGUCAUCGCCGCGGGCACGCAGGGCAACAUCUUUGCCACGUCCGCGUUGCGCAGCAUGCGCUUCCUGCAGAUCCUACGCAUGGUGCGCAUGGACCGCCGCGGCGGCACCUGGAAGCUGCUGGGCUCCGUGGUCUACGCGCACAGCAAGGAGCUGAUCACCGCCUGGUACAUUGGGUUCCUGGUGCUCAUCUUCGCCUCCUUCCUGGUCUAUCUGGCCGAGAAGGAUGCCAACUCUGACUUCUCCUCCUACGCUGACUCGCUUUGGUGGGGAACGAUCACACUGACAACCAUCGGCUAUGGUGACAAGACGCCUCACACGUGGCUGGGCAGGGUCCUGGCUGCUGGCUUCGCCUUACUCGGCAUCUCCUUCUUUGCCUUGCCUGCCGGCAUCCUUGGCUCUGGCUUUGCCCUGAAGGUGCAGGAGCAGCACCGGCAGAAGCACUUUGAGAAGCGGAGGAUGCCAGCGGCCAACCUCAUCCAGGCUGCAUGGCGCCUAUACUCCACUGACAGGAACCGGGCCUACCUGACGGCCACCUGGUACUACUACGACAGUAUCCUCCCCUCCUUCAGAGAGCUGGCCCUCUUGUUUGAGCACGUACAACGGGCCCGCAAUGGGGGCCUACGGCCCCUGGAGGUGCGGCGGGCGCCAGUACCCGACGGAGCGCCCUCCCGUUACCCGCCCGUUGCCACCUGCCACCGGCCGGGCAGCGCCUCCUUCUGCCCUGGGGAAAGCAGCCGCAUGGGCAUCAAAGACCGCAUCCGCAUCGGCAGCUCCCAGCGGCGGACAGGCCCCUCCAAGCAGCACCUGGCACCGCCACCAAUGGCCACCUCCCCGAGCAGUGAGCAGGUGGGUGAGCCCACCAGCCCCACCAAGGUCCAGAAGAGCUGGAGCUUCAAUGACCGCACUCGCUUCCGGGCCUCUCUGAGACUCAAACCCCGAGCUUCUGCUGAGGAGGGCCCCUCCGAGGAAGUGGCAGAGGAGAAAGGCUACCAGUGUGAGCUCACGGUGGACGACGUCAUGCCCGCUGUGAAGACAGUCAUCCGCUCAGUCAGGAUCCUGAAGUUCCUGGUGGCCAAAAGGAAAUUCAAGGAGACACUGCGACCAUACGACGUGAAGGACGUCAUCGAGCAGUACUCGGCAGGGCACCUGGACAUGCUGGGCAGGAUCAAGAGUCUUCAGACUCGGGUGGACCAGAUUGUGGGCAGGGGCCCCGGGGACCGUAAGGCCCGGGAGAAAGGCGACAAGGGGCCCUCGGACACCGAGGCGGCGGAUGAAAUUAGUAUGAUGGGACGCGUGGUCAAGGUGGAAAAGCAGGUGCAGUCCAUCGAGCACAAAUUGGACCUGCUGUUGGGUUUCUACUCGAGGUGCCUACGUUCUGGCACCUCGGCCAGCCUGGGCACCGUGCAAGUGCCGCUUUUAGACCCGGACAUCACCUCGGACUACCACAGCCCUGUGGACCACGAGGACAUCUCCAUCUCCGCACAGACGCUCAGCAUCUCCCGCUCGGUCAGCACCAACAUGGACUGAGGGGCUUCUCAGUGUCCGGACCGCACUCGGCCAGCCCCUCCGCCUGGCGCUCGGACCCGCCCCCUGAGGCCUCGGGACUCUUCUCUUACUUGAACUCGCUCCCUUGUGGGGAGAGAGGCCACACGCAGUAUUGAGCUGCCUAGGUGGGCAAGAUACCCGCUGUGGGUGCCAGAGACGCGCCCCACCUCAGGAGCGUGAGAUGCCAGGCCGCACAGAGGGCAGCAGCAGCGCUGCCCAGCGACUUCUGGGCCCCCCAGUGCCCUGCGCGUUCCAUCAAGGCCCAACCCGGCCCGCCUGGCACGGGCACUGCCCCGGGAGUGGGAGCGGGUCGCUGGGGCUCUGGGUCCUGAACCAGCUUCCAGCUAUGCAAGGUGAGGUCUCUUGGCCCGCCCUUCGGACAGAGCAGGGAGCCCUCCCGCCAAGUUCCCACCCCCCUUGGGGGUGGGCCCAAGGUGCCCUCACAGGUACCCACAAGCAUAGGACCCUGCCAUAAGGCAGGUGGGCACCAUAUAUGCAAACCAUGUUAAAUAUGCAACUUUGGGGACCCCCAUGGGGUCCCUUUGCCCAUCCCUUAUUGGGAGAUGGGCCCCCAGCAGUAGCUGGUCUCAGGCUGCUUGGCCAUGAUCCCCAUUUCCUCUCUUUGGCUUAUCACCCCUCCCCACCCAGCAUGGGGCCUGUUUCUCCCUUGCCUCCUCCAAGAGCUGUGCCUGGGCCUUUCUUCCCCUUUUCAGUGUCCCCGCCCAGGAGGCCUCUCUUCCUGCCAGAUGUCUAUUCCCCUCUUUGGCCCUCCAUUCACAUUUGACAGCACAGGUUUCUGUACUCUCCCCCAAACCUCCCAGAUAAUGCUCCCAUGUCCCACAAACAUGUCCCGUUAGUUUCCCCAGACAUGCAGAAAGUCACUCACACUCACACUGACACACACACACACGCAUGGAGACAUGAGUACAGAGCCACUUAGCCUUUCUGGGGCCUCUGCCGCUGAUGCCAAUGGACUGGCCUUGCAGGAUGAUGUCCACUAAGUGGUGCCCCCACUCCAUCCAGGUAUCAGAGGGAGCUCUGAAGUGAACCCAGGCCUAUCCAGGCCCCACCCCAGAGCUUUACUAGAGUCCCUUUCUCAAGAAGAUCUACUCCUCACUGGUCCAGGAGCCCUAACUGCUGCCUCUGCUUGUCCCCAAGGGCCCUUCUUGAUGUUCCCCCAGCACAACUCAGGCCUAGGCCUUUGGGGCCUGGAUAGCACUGGAAAGACCCCAGGCCCUUCCCCAGGUGGUUAUCAGGCUUGCUUCUAUCUAAGCUUGCCUUUCUACUCACUGUAACUCCCAGAGAGAAAAAUAAUGCACUAGCAACCACCGUAUUCAGGCCCCAACUGUGCAUCUGACACUCACAUGCACUGUUUCCCCUCCUUCCAUACCCUACUUUUCACUUUAGUUGGUAGCCCCUAUACUGGCAUAAGCCCUCAUCCACUCCAGGCCCCCAGCACUUCUUUGGUAUUCCUACCCCCUUGCUCCUCUUCUGCAAAGUUACUGCAGGUGGCAGGAGAGUGAUGGGUAGUGGCUGAUGAGGGGACCUUCUUUGGGGUACCAGUGAACAAGGGGCUGAGGCCCAGCUGCCUGCAUCUCAUGACUGGGGACCUGCAUGCACCAGCACCAGGGCUGGGGUUGGAUUUUGCUCAGCCCCAUGGUGCCCAGCCUCUGCCCAACAUGCCCUCUGCAUGUCACCAUCAUGCCCUGGAUGGAGCCUAUCCUGGCUUACCUCACCUGCGCUGCACUGUCCCCAGCGAGACACCCCUGGCCCCUCAGAGACAGAGAUGUGGAGAGGGGCAGGAGAAUGGAAUUAUCCUAUGACUAAAGGAGACUGGGGAAGAAGCCCUUGCUCCUUCCACAGUCAAGGUUCCCCACCAAACCGGUUCUCAGAUAUGCAAGUACCUCACUUUGUUAACUUAUUAACUUAUUGGUUUCAUUAAAGUUUUCAGUAGGAGGUGGUUGGCCUUGGCUGUUUGGUGGCUGUGGUGUGGGGGUGGAAUGACAUGAUUUGGAUUAGAGGACUCUUAAUUGUAACAACAAAACUCAAUGCGUUAUGGCUUAAGCAAAAAACAAACAAACAAAAAAAAACCAACAACGAAACCUAUUGGCCCAGAUAACG